AUGAGAGGGGAGACGUUGGAGAAUGCAAAUGUCAUCGCACGGGCCAAAUUCUUCUCGAAGAGGCCUGCCUUCGGUGCAGGCAUCGAAGGGCCCGAUGCGACGGUGCAGUGCCAAGUUGUCACAAUUGUCAACAACGAAACCAAGCAUGUCAAUACACUCGACGUAAGUCUAGGGGAGCCGGCCGAAGAACGGCUGAAAAGUGUUGAAUCAGUCCUACGAGAAAAUAGUGCCCACAACGCUCAUGAGGAAGCUGUGGGAGAUGACGCCGGCCCGCAGGAGUUCAACGUCUGUGACUCAGUCGUGGUCACAAAACCUCAUGACGAGCAUCAGCGCACAUACAUAGAAGCUCAAAGACCCAGCUCGGUCUCCAAUCCGUAUUACGCAGAUAUCGAAAACCACAACGGGUAUGGUCCGCAUGCUCCCCGAGCUUGGAUAGGAACCAUGUUCCCUAACCAAGCCUUGUUCUCAGUUCUCAGGGCUCAGCAAGACCAAAGAUGCUUCCCACAAGCAGUCUUCAGUCCGCUCCCUCCAGAGGUCUUCGCCAGGCAGUUUGUCGAAAAUGCGCUCGAUGAGAUUGGCAAGUUUUGGCCACUAUUGGAUACUACAUCAAUGCUUGAGAUGAUGGACGAACAAUAUGCCGCUGGAUUGGACAACUGUCACCAGAACCAAGCUCGUUGGGCUUUGGUAAACGCUCUUCUCGCGAUGAGCGUGCAGUGGAAGGCUGCGAGCAGCGCCACCAAUGGUCUUUUCCCAAUGUCGUGGACCUACUUCAAAAAUGCCUUUUCCGUUUUCCCACAACUCGUCAUCCAGGGGAGGGACCUGGUUGCAUGCCAAGCGGUCCUUAUCAUGGCUAUGUUCAUGCAAGGGACUGGAGAUGCACGAGCUACUUCUAGCUUGAUCGCCACAGCUGCUCAUCUGGCCCAGAUAAUCGGCUUGCACAAUCGUGAUUCAUAUCCUAACAUGAACAUUGCAGAGGCUGAAAGGCACAGACGAGUGUUCUGGUCGGUCCAUGUUGUCAGUAACAAUGUAGCUAUGAAAUGUGGAGUUUCUGUGCCGUUGGACGACGAUGAAAUCGAAAUUGAGCUUCCAAGCGAAAUUCCUUCAGUUGGUGUGGGCCACAUAGGCUCAACUAACCAAAAUCUUUUCAGAUAUAUGGCCCAACUCUCCAUCAUUCAAUCGAAGAUUCUUACGUUAGUACGGCGGCGCGUGAAGAUGUUGGGACAGAACCCUGCUGAGUUCUUCAAGAGAAUAGCACGAUUAGAUCAUCAGCUCGAAGAUUGGAAGUCUGGGCUGCCUAUCGUCCUUCGACCGAUGACAAACAUUGUCCUGUCCGAAUCCGAUCUCGACUCGUCGACAGUACAUCUACAUCUUGCUUACUAUGCAACAGCAUACAAACUCCAUGCAUCGAUAGCACACUGCGACAGUCGUGCCGACAUGCGUUCAGAAAUCGCGAAGUCUCUUUAUUCUACACGCGAUGUUUUGACCAUGUCAUGGUCAUCGCCAACUCCGGUGAAUGGCGCUCGUGCUGCGAUUUUUCUGAUGCAGCAUGUAACCUCUCUGGCACUCCCACAGCUCUGGUAA